CUCCGGGCUUUUGUGCCGGGGCCUCAGAGCUCCCAGGAGGGUGCGCCGGAGGAGGGGGGCCGAGGUGAGCGCACCCCCUUCCUGCACGCGCGCGCACACGCUCCCGGCGCACGCACACACGGGGCGGACACACACACGCGCGCACACGCACAUCGCUCGCCUGGAGCGCACGAGCGUGGCCGUUGUCUUUGUGUGGAGCCCUCGAGGGGGGUCGGGCCCCGGGCCGCUCGGGGGGACAUGGCGCAGCCCAUCCUGGGCCACGGGAGCCUGCAGCCCACCUCGGCCGCCGGCCUGGCCGCCCUGGAGCUCGACUCCUCACUGGACCAGUACGUGCAGAUUCGCAUCUUCAAAAUCAUCGUGAUUGGGGACUCCAAUGUGGGCAAGACCUGCCUGACCUUCCGCUUCUGCGGGGGCACCUUUCCCGACAAGACUGAGGCCACCAUCGGCGUGGACUUCAGGGAGAAGACGGUGGAAAUCGAGGGCGAGAAGAUCAAGGUUCAGGUGUGGGACACGGCAGGCCAGGAACGCUUCCGAAAGAGCAUGGUAGAACAUUACUACCGCAAUGUGCACGCCGUGGUCUUUGUCUAUGACGUCACCAAGAUGACAUCCUUCACCAACCUCAAAAUGUGGAUCCAGGAGUGCAAUGGGCACGCCGUGCCCCCACUAGUCCCAAAAGUGCUUGUGGGCAACAAGUGUGACUUGAGAGAACAGAUCCAGGUCCCUUCCAACCUCGCCCUGAAAUUUGCUGAUGCCCACAACAUGCUCUUGUUUGAGACAUCAGCCAAGGACCCCAAAGAGAGCCAGAACGUGGAGUCAAUUUUCAUGUGCCUGGCAUGCCGAUUAAAGGCCCAGAAAUCCCUGCUGUACCGUGAUGCCGACAGGCAGCAGGGGAAGGUGCAGAAACUGGAGUUCCCACAGGAAGCCAACAGUAAAACUUCCUGUCCCUGUUGAAACCAAAUGGUGUAAAUAUAAGCUAUCAUUGGAGGGUUUUUUCCCCCUUCCCAACCCUCUUUUUUGGUUGUUUUUGUGCCUGCAAUAAAGCCAACACCUGCUUGUUUCCACACAAGUUGAUAUGAAAAUAAAAUUUGUAUAGAUUA